AUGGAUAGCAAUCUAAUGUGUCGUUUAUGUCUAUAUAAUAAUGAAGGUAUCUUGUCGAUAUUUGGAGAUCGCCAACGCGAAGUCAAACUGCAGGAAAAACUUGUACAGUAUUUGAAUUUAGAGGUGAAAGAAACCGAUACAUUGUCUAAGCAUAUAUGUUUGAAAUGUUUCCAAACUGUAGAAAGUUUUCAUGUAUUUUACCAAGAAGUUGCCCAAAAUCAGGUUGUCUUUGCCUACAGCAAUCAACCGGGUAUGAUUUUGAUCAACGAUCAUAACUCUCAUACUACUUACAUACUGCGAGAAGAAGACAAAAUUAAUUCAUCUGUUCUUGAUCUGGAAGCUGGAACUUCCAAUGUGAGAGUACAAAAUAUUACCACGCAGGGAAAUCCGUACCAGAAAGCUUUGUCUAAUCAAUCACAAGAGUCUCCGAAGACUCUUACACUGGUGGACAUUCCCAGCCAAAUCACAGCCACGGUACUCAGUACUGUCGACGCCAGUGGAAACGUGAUUCUGAGCAGAAAUGGGCCCAACACGACGGAAAUGGUAACUUCCGAUUUGCCGACAUAUGAUGAGUCUCAGCAAAGCAAAGAUGUGAAGUCAAAUACUCACAGAGUGGCAAUAUUUUCAGAACAGAUAACAAAAAUUAAUGUAAUUGAUAGUGUAUCAAGCGAGACCGACGUAGAUGAACCACAAACUGAUGAAAUUUACGAAGUAGACGCUGUUUAUAAAGAUCUCGAAGAUGAUGGUGCUGAUGAUGAUGGUAAUGAUGUUGCAGACGAUGAUGAUAAUGAUGAUGAUGAUGACGAUGAUGAUGAUGGAGAUAAUGACAAUGAAAAUGAGAUUGCAGAGUUUGAGCAAAUUGAAACCAAACCAGAUUUUUCGUCACAAAAUAGAAAUGCCAUUGAGAUGAAAAACAUUGCAUUUCCAAAAAAGCUUAUACACGAUAACAAGCUUAUUUUAAAAGGUAAACAGUUGUCCGCCUUAAUGGCAAAAUUUUACGGUGUAAACUGUGAAUACUGUCAAGAGGAAGAAAAUAAAAAGAAACAAUAUUCGGACAUAGAUUCAUAUGUGGCUCACUGCAAAGAUGUCCACGGAACGAAAGGACAUGUUUGGUGUUGUCAUAAGAAAAUAUUUAAACCAAGACUGAUGGCUAUGCACAUGGCAAGGCAUUUACAGCCAGAAGCGUUUAGGUGUCCUGAAUGUAACAAGUUAAUGACUACUCCAAAAAUUUUACAAUAUCAUAUACAAAAUCAUCGCCCUGAGGAAGAAAGGCCACUUAAAUGCAGCAUAUGUCCACGCAGGUUUACUUACGGAAGCGCAUUGGUUUCGCACAGCCAAUCGCACCUUCCUGAAGAGGAGCGUACGCAACACGUUUGCGAUGAAUGCGGUAAGGGAUUCAACGCAGCAAAGAGGCUGGCUGAACAUAUUCAAUUUGUCCACUGUAAACAUGAACAGCUUCAAUCAUAUGUUUGCCAUAUUUGCGCCCGGCAGUUUACAUCUAAAAGUAACCUAAGUUAUCAUCUGACAACCCAUCAACCAAAAAUCUAUCAAGUGCAAUGUGAUAUAUGUAAAAAGUGGCUCAAGAACAAGCUUUGCCUGCGAAAACACAUGGUUCAACAUUCGGCAGUUCGGCAUAAGUGUAAUCAAUGUGACUACUCUGCAGUUAAUUUGCAAUGUUUGCGGAAUCAUAUGAGGGUACAACAUACGGAUCUGAAGCCUUUUGCAUGUAACGUGUGUGGACAGUCAUUUAAACUGAAAAACACCAUGCUAAAUCACUAUGUACAGCACACGGGGGAAAGAAAAUUUAGCUGUGAGUUUUGUUCCAGAACAUUUGCUUCUAGUGGAAAUUAUUACGCUCACCGAAAACGGAUGCAUCCGCAGGAGUUAGCUAUACAAAAAAUGCGCAAGGAAGCCGAAGAAAGUGAAUUUCGAAAGAGGACGUUGCUUACAAAACCAAAGUGAUCUCCGCGGUAAGGUAUUCUUUGUAGAUGAAUAAAAUAUCAGUAU